GACCAGAGGAACUGCUGCUGUCACUACAGAAAGCCCAGCCGUCUAUCAGCACCAUGGGAAAGAAGAGUCGAGUGAAGAUCCAGAAGUCAGGCUCAGGAGCCAGCAUGGUGGUUUCCCCCAAAGAGAUGAUGAACCUCAUCUCUGAACUGCUGCAGAAAUGCAGCAGUGCAGCACCCUCUGCUGGCAAAGAGUGGGAGGAGUACAUCCAGAUCAGAGGCUUGGUGGAGAAAAUCCGCAAGAAACAGAAGGGUAUGUCAGUAGUGUUUGAGGGCACCAGAGAGGACUACUUUCCAGACCUGAUGUCCUGGGCUCGUGAAAAUGGGGCGUCCUGUGACGCCUUCACAGUGGCUGACUUUGGAGUGGAGGGUUAUGGCCUGCGGGCCACCAGAGACAUCAAGGCAGAAGAACUGUUCCUGUGGAUCCCUAGGAAGAUGCUAAUGACUGUGGAGUCGGCCCAGAACUCAGUACUGGGUCCUCUACACAGCCAGGACAGAAUCCUACAGGCCAUGGGCAAUGUGACGCUGGCCUUCCACCUGCUAUGUGAGCGGGCCAACCCUGUGUCAUCCUGGCUGCCGUACAUCCGCAGUCUUCCUCAGGAGUAUGACACCCCGCUGUUCUACCAGCAGGAGGAGGUGCAGGAGCUGCUGGGCACACAAGCGGUGCAGGACAUCCUGAGCCAGUAUAAAAACACUGCACGACAAUAUGCGUACUUCUACAAACUGGUACAGACUCAUCCCGCUGCCAGCAAACUGCCCUUGAAGGACAGCUUCACAUUUGAUGACUACAGGUGGGCGGUGUCCUCAGUAAUGACCCGUCAGAACCAGAUCCCUACUGAGGACGGCAGCCGGAUCACCCUGGCCCUCAUCCCCCUCUGGGACAUGUGUAACCACACAAAUGGACUGAUCACCACUGGCUACAACCUGGAGGAUGACCGAUGUGAAUGUGUGGCGCUGCAGGACUACAAAGAGAACGACCAGAUCUACAUCUUCUAUGGCACGAGAUCCAAUGCUGAGUUUGUCAUCCACAACGGCUUCUUCUUCCAAGACAACGCCCACGACAGAGUGAAGAUCAAGCUGGGCGUCAGUAAGAGCGAACGCCUCUACGCCAUGAAAGCCGAAGUGCUGGCACGAGCCGGCAUCCCAGCGUCCUGUAUCUUUGCCCUGCACUGUAAUGAACCCCCCAUCUCAGCCCAGCUCCUGGCCUUCCUCAGAGUGUUUUGCAUGACAGAGGAGGAACUAAAAGACUAUCUGCUGGGAGAUCGAGCCAUCAAUAAGAUCUUCACCUUGGGCAACAGCGAGUUCCCUGUCAGCUGGGAGAACGAGAUCAAGUUGUGGACUUUCCUUGAGAACCGAGCUGCUCUGCUGCUCAAGACCUACAAGACCACCUCACAGGACGAUCUCUUCAUGCUUGAGAAACCUGAUCUACCUCUUCAUGCUCGCAUGGCGAUCCAGCUCCGCCUGGCCGAGAAGCAGAUCUUAGAGAAAGCGUCAGCCAGUGGACAGGCCAAACGUCUGCACUUUGAGAAGAAGCUGGAAGAGGGUGCUCCAUUGCCUCAGUACGAGGAAAGCGAUAUUGCUAUGCUUGAGAACUCUGAUGCAGACGCAAAGCUUCCCAUCAUCCUACGCAAGCUGGAAGAGGUGGAGGAAGGUCAAGAGAUCCCGGUGGAGGAGCACAGUCACCUCCUUAAUGGGGAGAAGGCUGUUUAUGGGCUGGGUGUGGAGGCUAAUGGAGAAGCAGUGCAGGAGAAGACUCAGGAGAAAGCCAGCAAAGAUAUUCACUCAGCUUUGGACUUGAUUGGAAGUUCAACCCAGGAGGGCCCAAGGGAAGUGGCCGACCUAAGUGCCAGUCGAACUGAAGAGAAUCCCAAAGACAAUAGUGACUAAAUAGAUUUCACUUCCUGCCACAGCCAAUGCUAUUUAUUUUUAUUUCUGAGUCUCUCCGAUGACUCUGAAAUACAGAAGCUGGAAAAGUUGAAUUCAAAAUUGGCUGACUUUUCUGACUUCAUUCAUUCAGCGUGGCUUUUCUCAGUCGUCUGCUGCUGAACUUGUUUGAAAAUGCUUUUGAUUAAAAUAAGCUUUUGUUUGAAGUUUAAAACGUAGGUUUACAUUGAAACAGAUGGGGCCCUACAGCAUUGGAAGAAAGUGAUGGAGGGACACAACAAACUGGUUCCAGCAAGUUGUUAGCUGAAAACUGAAUGGAGUUAGGUAAAUGUUAUUCCACAAAGCCAAAAUUUCUCUGAACUGGCUGGUUUAUCACUGCAUCUAUGUCCUUGUAUGUUUUGAGCUGACAAUCGUAUUUUUAGCUCAUUUUAGGGUGUGCUGCUGAGUUAAGACCAUUGCUGCCCCCUGUUGCUUCUUUUUUUCUGGUUCAAAUCAUUUAAAAAAAAGAGAUAAAGAAAAAGUUCUUAACCUAUAAAAACUGGUUUGAAAUUGAUUGUAAAUGUCAUGGUUCAAUAUGACACGCCAAAAUUGAAGAUGUUUUUCUUAUUUUUUCUUUUUUAAUGACAGAUGUUAUUUUUAACGUCAGAUCAAUUUGUACAUUUUCCGUCAUUACAUGAUGGCAGCCCUUAUUAAAUAACAAAGAAUUUAGUUUUAAUGUGAGUCUAAAAAAGAAUGUUUAUGAAUGUACUAAGUUUACAUUGCAGUGAUUAUCUGCAGAUGUCACCAAAAGGGACUGAUGAGUGACCUCAUGAUCACUGAGAAAGCCAUAUGCAGCACUGAGGACUCACUCAAACAGAAUUAAAAAAAAUUAAAAAUAAAGAAGCACCGUCAGUAGAUAGUCAGGUGAUAACGUGGUUGUAUGUAGGGCUACCCCCCCCAUAUGUCAAAGAUUCCAAUCAUCAGUGGAGAAGACCUCCAGCUCAUUUGCAUUUAGCCAAAUCACUACAGUUUUUUGCUGCAUUGUUCACAGAGCAUGACAAACUCAAACUUUUGUAAACAGUUCUGUUCAUACACCUGUAUAACGAUGGACUACACGUCUCCACUUGCUCCCACUGUACAGAAAUGAAUCCAAAAUAUCCUAGAUACAGUCGCUGCCAUCUUGACGUCAUUUGGAGCCAGAGUCUGCGCAGUAGCAAUCUCUGCUGUAUCACCCACUGACUAAUCAUGAGCAGUGGCAUUUAACACGAGUGCACAGAUGUUGGCAAAUCCCCUUUUUACAUCAUCAAAUAACAAAUUCAAACAGAUUCAUAAGGAAAACAAACAUCUGAACCAACAUCAGGGUAAGAAGAAGAACCUUAAAUGUCAGAACCAACUUUGGAAAAAUUGUAUUUAAGGUGUACUUUGAGUUUUUAGUUUGACCCAUGUCCAUCCACUACCAUGAGGACAAGGGGUUAUGGCCUACACUGUAGCAAACCACCGGGGGAUGAUCGGGAUGUUACGGCUUCACUUUUGGCAGGGCUCUACGCUAGCUUUUUUCCCAACGAGUACAUUUGCUCCUAAAUAAAAAAAAAUUAGCAGGAGCACACAAAGAAAAUCAGGAGCACAGUUCAAAAUGUUCCAACACAGAGACUAAUAAACAAUUAAUUGCAUACAUAUUCAUACUAUGCGUGCAAGCAGUUUCUUCUCAUACAUGACUGUUAUGACGCAACAUUUACUCAUGUGGUCGAUAUCCUUCUGAGUUUAACAAACCACACGAAAAAUCUACCCCCGCAUGUGGCGAUUAGCACGCGUUCAUUUUGGGCCCUGCUUGCGAAUAUCACUUGCCAGAUUCCUCUUCCUCCUCUUUUUGCAAAAUAAAAUUUUUGGGCUUCAUUUUUAUCCACAACGACAGCUAUUGUAUUGUUACCAAUGUGUCUGUGACUGAGUGGUAAAGUUACUUUCACUGAACUCUCUGUAUCUGUCAUUUUAAAUUAAAAGCCCCCUUUAAAAAAAACAAAACAUUUCUGUUACUCUCACAUUGUGCUACUAUAUUAUUUUAACGGUUCGCACAUAUCAAUUUGCUGGCACUGCAGAGGCCUGACUUUUGGGGCGCUGUGAUGUUGUCCAUCUUUUGUUGUUGAGGUGUAUCAGUAAUAAUGUUGAGUGAUUAUGAGAUGUCUCGUGGCUCAAUGCAUCAGCCUGAAGCGCAGACUCUGGACAUCCUGACUCUGGCGGGCCUUGGUCAUGUACAGGGAGUGAAGUGGUUAUGUCUUUAACAGUGGAUGUCUCUUUCUAGAUGUCCACUGACUUCAUGACUUUGACCUCUUCCGGUCCUCUCCCCAGUCUGGAUCAGAGUCAGUUGACACCUGGAGAAAGAUCAAGCAGGACGUUUACGUCUGACAGCAGAGACUGUCUCUGAACUGAGACAGAGAUUACUGUCUCCCUCAUAAACAACCACCUGCUAUCAUGUCAUCAGACGACCAUAUUUUCUAAAGGUCACAUGACAUCUAAACCUCCGCAGGACGACGAGUCCAUUGUCCAUGGGAGAUGGCUGUCAGUCAUGGAGCAGUGAACCUGACAUCGUGAUUUCAAAUCCCAGCCCAACACAACCAAUUUUCAAACAGCUGUGUAUCAGAACUGUGGUUAGAAUCUGUAAAUGAGCUGCAGUAAACCAGUGCCGACAUCUCCCUGCUCCCCUCCACACCAACUGUCACUGGCUCUUGGCUAUCGCUUGAGCAAUGGGCUAUACUUUUGCAUUUUCAUAUCGCCCGCCACCACGAACACAAAAGUAUAAAAGUACAUCAAGAGACAAACCUGCUGCUCUCGCUUCUCUCAAACCCAGAUCAAACUCACAUCAAACGCCAAAACUCAGCAGCUUUGAUCGAAUUAAAACUAACAUUAUGUUACUGCACUGGAUAGUUCUCUUCUAAUAUGUUUUCUGAAACACAUUUAAGUGUUGUGUUUUGCUGUAAUCACAAGAGUUUCUGAACAAGUGGGCGCAAUACUAUAUCCUGCAAAGUGAAAAUGGAGCAGGAAAAACCUGAAAUCGAACAAUAAAAUGAAGCAGUGCUGAACAAAUAUGAGUCAAGAUUCUAAUACUGAGUUGCAUAUCUCUCACCUCAGAUGUUUUCAGAAACAUGUUUUACUUUGCUGAUUAAGUGUAAAAUGACACUGUUUUUUACCAGCCUGCUGCCAUUGUGUCAAACUGACAAGUUUGCAUUAUGCCACCUACUGGCAGGAGUGUUAAAUGGUCCAGAGCAGUGCAUUGCAUUCUGGUAGUUGUAGGUUUUCUACCUCUUGAGCAAAAGCCAUGCCAUAGUUCUUUUCUUCUGUUUUAUUUGCUCAUGUAGCAGCAUGUUUAGCAUCUUUCUGCUGCUGAGGCAGCCUAGUUUAAUGAAAAGCAGUGAAAUACUGAAAUAAAUAGUAAUCAGGCAGGCCAAAUUCACACCAGGGAUUAGCCCUGGAGCACACUGGACUGUCUUUUCUGUCUCUGCCUUCUUUGACUUCAGUAAACUCCUUAAAUGAAGAGGUUAAUUGUGCCUCGUCCACUCAUGUUAACGCUGAAAGAAAUGAAACCAAAAUUCUAAAAUAAGAUGGAAUAUUUUUUGGGGGGGACUAUCAGCAAAAAUGCUUCUCAUGUCUGCUCUGAUUGGUGGUUUUAACAUUUUAACAUUGUUUUACACCACAGUUAACCAUGCACUACUGCUGCUCAUAUAUAAAAUUAAAUUCAGUGGAUGGACCUAUUCUUAGCGGAAUGUUUUAAAAGACGGGGCAAUGAAUAAAGACAUAUUAGAAAUUUCUGAAG